UUUUCCUGUCCCAGAAAUCACGAAAAGCAAAAGAAACCAACUACAUUAUUAAAUUCUUAUAUAAAUUCCGACUCUUUUCCCAUUGCCAACACCCUUUUUCCUCUCAGAAUAUUCGCCACGCCCUUCGCUCCUCUUGGUCUUCUAGGGUUCCCCUUGGAGUCUACUUCUUCUUCUUCUUCUUCUUCUUCUUCUCUGUGACGAAAUGGCAGAGUUACUGGAGACGAGUCAUCGGAAUUCUAACGUCACUUCCGGCGAUAUCUCCAUUGAGAUUUCCGGCGAUGAUUCCAAUGCCGCUAAUUCUUCAGGUUGUUCAACUGAUGUGCCUGUUGAUUUCGAAAUCGAAAUUGUAGGCGAUGACGAUAAUGGCUCAGAAGCUUCAGGGCUUACUGACAGGAGUUUGGCUGGACAAAACAUGCAUGGCAAAGCAUCUAUUUCUGCAAUGAAUUCAGGUUCUAAUCAGCAACCAAAAUCUCGGAAAGAAAGACAAAGUAGCAAACUAGCUUUAUAUAUAGCCAAAUUUUUGGAUGAAAAAGUUCCUUUUAGAAAGAGGAUCAAAUUUUUAAACCAAGUCGCUAAUGUGAAACAUGAUGGAACGGUACAAUUUGAUGUUCCAGUAGAUAUGAAACCACAUACCCUUGAUUUUGGAACUGGUGUAGUUUAUGAUCAUGCUCCAGAUAAAGAGCAUUACACAGAAGAUAUUCCAGAAAUACCUCCUCCACUGCAAAUAGUAAUGCUUAUUGUGGGAACACGAGGAGAUGUACAACCAUUUGUUGCCAUUGGAAAACGUUUACAGGCAGAUGGCCAUAGGGUUAGAUUGGCAACUCACUCAAAUUUUAAAGAUUUUGUCUUGGAUGCUGGGUUAGAGUUUUUCCCCUUAGGGGGAGAUCCAAAAGUUCUUGCUGGCUAUAUGGUCAAGAAUAAAGGCUUCUUGCCUUCAGUUCCUUCAGAAAUUCCUGUUCAGAGGCAACAAAUAAGGGAAAUAAUAUUCUCUCUACUUCCUGCAUGCGUGGCCAAUGAUCUUGAUAAUAAUGUCAAAUUUGAUGUGGAUGCAAUAAUUGCCAAUCCCCCAGCUUAUGGACAUACACAUGUUGCAGAGGCGCUAAAAGUACCACUUCAUAUAUUCUUCACGAUGCCAUGGACGCCUACUAGUGAAUUUCCCCAUCCUUUGUCCCGUGUUAAACAACAAGUUGGUUACAGGCUUUCAUAUCAUAUUGUCGAUUCCCUAAUAUGGCUGGGAAUACGGGACAUGAUAAAUGAGUUCAGGAAGAAAAGGCUGAAGCUGAGACCUGUCACAUAUUUGAGAGGAUCCUAUAGCUCUCCUCCAGAUGUGCCUUAUGGGUAUAUGUGGAGCCCUCACCUUGUUCCCAAACCAAAAGAUUGGGGACCAAUAAUUGAUGUAGUUGGCUUUUGUUUCCUUGACCUUGCAUCUAGUUAUGAACCACCAGAGUCACUUGUUAAAUGGCUAGAAGGUGAUAAAAAGCCUAUCUAUAUUGGUUUCGGUAGUCUUCCUGUUCAGGAACCAGAAAGGAUGACCCAGAUAAUAGUGCAAGCUCUAGAAAAAACUGGACAAAGAGGCAUCAUUAACAAAGGCUGGGGUGGUCUUGGCAAUUUGGCAGAACAAAAGGACUCUGUGUAUUUACUGGACAAUUGCCCCCAUGACUGGCUAUUCUCACGAUGUAUGGCUGUGGUUCAUCAUGGUGGAGCUGGAACUACUGCAGCUGGUCUCAAAGCUGCGUGUCCAACAACCAUUGUACCUUUCUUUGGAGACCAGCCUUUCUGGGGCGAGAGAGUGCAUUCCAGAGGAGUAGGUCCUGCACCCAUUCCUGUUGAGGAGUUCUCACUUGAGAAGCUGGUUGCUGCAAUAAAAUUUAUGCUGGAUCCUGAGGUGAAAAGACGUGCUGUGGAGUUAGCAGAGGCGAUGGCAGGUGAGGAUGGAGUAGCAGGUGCAGUAAAUGCCUUCUAUAAACAAUUUCCUGGCAAAAAGUCCAAGGAUGAAAGCAAGGCAGCCCCAACUCCUUCAGGAGUAUUUUCUAUAAGACGUUGUUUUGGUCGCACAUAACGUAAUCUUCAAGCUUCUUCUUCAGCAGUUUGCACUUCCUUUAAUGGAGUGAAUGAUUUCUUUUGUUGCAGAAUUGCAUUGCAUCUUUGGUCUUUCCUUCCUUGGAUGAUUUGCAAAUUACAAGCUUUUUCUGUCAUUGCUCUAGACCGGUCAAAUGCUUAGCCGGUAGUAACCUCUCGAGGGUGAAAAUGCAUGCAAUGAGGGUAUUUACGAAUGUGAAAAAGUUUCCUUCCAAUCCAAAUUUAUUUGAAUAAGAAUGUUAUUUUACAUGAUGA